GCGGGAGCCCCCUUCUGCGGCCGGAGCCCGGGGCCCAGCGCCGGGCAGGGACUCGGCGUCACCUUUGCCUGACUUCCCUCGGGCCGGCACUUCUCACUUUUCCCAGCUUCCUGACCUACUUUCUUCCAUUUCCCCCGCACUUGAGGGCUCUGCAUCCCCUGCAAGUUCUGGGGCGGCCCCGGGCCAGCCCUUGGGGGGGGGCAGUGCCGGCUCCCCAUUCCCCCGCAGGUCGCGGCCUGGGCUGCCCCACGCUUGGGAAAAGUGAGGAUUGGACGGGAAGUGACAUUACAGAUGGAAUACUCCCCCAGUUACAAGAGGAGGCGAACUGUGGAGGAUUUCAACAAGUUUUGUACCUUUGUCUUGGCAUAUGCUGGUUACAUCCCUUAUCCAACAGAGGAGCCUCCUCUGAGGAGCAGCCCCAGCCCUGCCAAUAGCACGGCCGGGACCAUCGACAGCGACAGCUGGGAUGCCAGCUUUGCGGAUCUGCCCUCCUCCGUGGCCCUACCCGUUGCCGACCGCUGCUUUGGCCACUUGCAGCCCUCCCUCCUGCAGCGAGCCAAGCCCAGCAACUUCCUCAUGGACAGAAAGAAGACGGACAAGCUGAAGAAGAAGAAGAAGCGCAAGCGGAGGGAUGCGGAGAUGCCCAUGGAGGAGGAGUACAUGGGUGGCCUGCUGAAGCUGGAGCCGGCCGACACCUACGCCCCGAGGACGGCCAGCCCUGACCUGCAGGACAUCCCCGCGGCCAGCAGCGACCCCUGCUCGGGCUGGGAUUCCGACACCCGCUCCAGCGGCUCGUGUGCGGCGGCCACCCCAGAGGAGGUCAAGGAGAUUCAGACAGAAGGCAAACGGACUGUCAUACGGCAGGGCAAGCAGGUGGUGUUCCGGGACGAAGAUAGCACCGGGAACGAUGAGGACAUCAUGGUGGACUCGGACGAUGAUUCCUGGGACCUCGUCACCUGUUUCUGCAUGAAACCUUUUGCCGGGCGGCCGAUGAUUGAAUGUAACGAGUGCCACACCUGGAUUCACCUGUCCUGUGCAAAAAUCCGGAAAUCCAACGUCCCCGAAGUGUUUGUUUGCCAAAAGUGCCGGGACUCCAAGUUUGACAUCCGCCGCUCCAACCGCUCCCGAAUGGGAUCCCGGAAGCUCUUUCUGGACUGACUGGUUCGGGGCACGACUUCAAAGCAAGGAUUAGAAGGGCCGGUGUUCUUUGGGGUCACUUUUUCCGAAUCUGAGCACGGAACUGUUAGCGCACGUGAUGUAGCCAUCCUCGCCCUUCUGACAUCGAGGUGCCUAAGCAGAAGGACGGGUUGUCCGAGGUACAUACAAACUGUACAUAGCCGGUGAUGACGUAGAAUCUUUGUUGGCCAAAGCUGCUGCCGGGGCCCCAGGCUCCACAGCCAGAGCGGUCUCGGCACUGCUGUGUUGAGCUCAAAAUGAGGGUGUGUGGUGGUUGUGAGUCUUUUCCCCACUUUGGACCGCAGGGGUGGGGCUGGGGGGGUGAGGGUGGGGAUGGGGACAGUCCUCCCCGGAGGGAGGAAGACAUCUCUCUGGUUUCCAAGGAUUCAAUAAGUGAACAGCCAUACGUGUUAAGCUUCCCGAGUAUAAGUCUUUACCAUAAGUGUCUGUAUAGGUAGCCUAACGUUGCUCUUUCCUUAGCAAACAGUUCCCCAGCCUGCUGCCUCUGCCUGAGAAGGGGGGGCCAGUCAUCCUAGGUCGGUUGCAAGGGACUUCCUCUUGUCUUGCUUUGGGGAGACUGGGCCAGUGACUCCCCCUGCAGGACUCAGCUGCUCUCUGGUAGAUUGAGAGGAAUAGCACAGGGCUGCUUCUGUUGGGGCAGAGCCAGGAUGGUCUUUUAGAUGAAGGGGGCCUGAGUUCUUGAUACAAGUUCCCAUUUUGCACGAUGUUUAAAAAAAAAAAAAAGAUUUUUUUUUUCUUUUUUUUUUUCCUUUUUAAGAAUUUCUUGUUUCUUUUUCUUUUCUUUUUUUUUUUUUUAUUUGCACAAUCCAGCCAAACUGAGUUUGGCAUUUUUCCUGCCUGGUUUCCCCUUUGUCUUUGGGACAUGUUGGGCGGCAAAGCGGAGGUGUUCUCUUUAGAGUGAGUGGGAGCAGGCUGGUCCCCUCCUCCUUUCUUCCCCCAAAGAGUACCAACCCUCCCCAUGAUAUAGGCAGUUGUCACUGGAGAUUAGUAGUGGUCUUAUUUUAGUGAAAAGUGUCCUGAGCAAAGCCAGGGAUCCCUGUUUCCCAAAGGGCAGGUUGAGGAGUCUGCCUCUUAUACAGGGUGGAUUGCCUUUGGGCGUCCUCAGAGCAAGGGGAGAACUUCAAAAGCCCUUGGCUUCUCCAGUUGCUGAGAGUUGAUUGAGUACUGGCACUCAGGUAUUCUGUGGCAUUUGUGCAAGGUCCUGUUGUUAACCACUCCCCAGCCUCUGUAGCUUUAAAACUCCUGAUGUGAUCCACAGCAGGAAGAUCCUGAUUGUGUUUGGCUAUGGAAGGUCUGGGGAAUUUGGGGCUCUGCUCCAGGAUCACCCCCACUGCAGAACCACUGGCUGAUUCUGCUCCUUGGUUAACAAGAGAAGGACCUGAACUUUUUUUCUCCUUAAAUGACUAAGUUGACAAAUAACUGUAUGUAGCCGCUGUUCAAGGCCUUGUUUAAAAAAAAAAAAA